AUGACGGGUUUAGAGAGGUCGGCUUUCGCAGCUCGGUGCAAAGAUAUUGGCAACCGCGGCUUCAAGGCCUCGGAUUGGGGGUACGCUGUGCUGGCGUAUCAGGAGGGGAUCAGAUACUUGGAGUAUCUUCCUCACGAUUCCGAGAUGCAGCCACUUCGUUUUGACCAUGGGGGAGCUCAGUUGAAUCACUUGGACAAGGACAUGUCCUUGGCUGUGACGCUCUUCAGCAACCUGGCCGCUGCGUUUCUGAAGCUCCAGGAGCCCCAUGAGGCCCUGAAGUAUGCAGAGAAGGCUUUGCGCUUCGAUGCGGCUCAUGCAAAAGCGUUGUACCGGCGCGGCCAAGCCUUACUGGCCCUUGGCGAGUAUUCUGAAGCUCUUGUGGCUGCUGAAGAGCUGCUGCGGAAGGAGCCUGGAAACCCAGAUGCGGCAAGCCUGAAGUCAGCAGCAGCACUGGGGGCCAAAGUGGCUACGCAGAAGGAGAAGGCUUUGUUCUCAAAGAUGCUGAGCUAG